UGCACGCACCCUUUCUUUCUUCCAAAGAAAGACAGAGCUAUUGACUAGAUGCCCAGAAUUGCCCCCAAGUUCCGACCACCCGCUCGAAUUCUUAUGAAGUGGAUUUGUAAUAUCCUUAAUGUUGCUGUUGGCAGUCUGUUACAGAUUCCAUUAUUGUCGAUCAAUGCAGUCGCCAUGUGAGGUGGGGGGAGGAAAGCAGGAGGAGAAGAAAAGGAGAGAUGAGAGCUUCCUAUUCACGGAUUUGUCAACCUGCCUCUGCUCACAGGAAAUCCUCCUGCUGAAACAGCUAAGGCAGGAAAGGCUAGGGAGCUGCAGUUCUGACUGAAAGGAAAUCUGAAAACCUUUCUCCCCAGAACAAAACAAAACGCUGAGUUUGUUCUUGCAUCUUUGUUUUUGUUGAUGGUGUGCUUUACCUAGCUGAUUAGCUAUUGUGCUAUCUGGUUAUCGAAGCUGCUUCCAGUGUAGGACACCCCCCCCCCCCUUCCCUUUCUUUUUCUUUGAGUGUCUAUUCUUUAUUUCCCCAUGCUUUCUCCUGUCAUUAAACACACAUCAUUAUUCAAUUUUAUUCUGGCAUUCUCUUUCAGGCUAAAGCUUAACAAAAAGAGUCAGAGAGCAAAUCUCUCUUUCCACUCUCCUACCAGCCUCUUUUAACCCUCUCUAUUCCCCUCAGUCUCCCACCCCCACUGUUGUGUUAGAUUGAUGCCACAGAGACAGAAUUCAGAGUGGAAGGAGGAUCACAUUUUCUCUUCCAUCCUUACAGCUUAGCCUUCAAUUUAAGUAUUGAGCCCCAAGAAUUUAGUCUCUGUAUCCCUCGCUUGCCGCUUCAUCAUUCAGUAAUUGGACUCUGUAUGGAAAAGUUUUCUGGCUGGAGGAUGAGUCUCCUUUCUCCUGGUGAUGUGGUGGAGUGGUUGGAUAGUAGCACCGAAGAGGAGAAGAGCCUUCUGUCAUUUCUGGAGGUGCCAGCAGAAAGGUCCCCCCGCAGACGGAGCAUCUCAGGGACCAGCACAUCAGAGAAACCCAACUCCAUGGACACUGCAAAUACCUCCCCUUUCAAAGUACCAGGAUUCUUCAGCAAGCGCCUGAAAGGUUCCAUCAAGAGGACUAAAAGCCAGUCAAAGCUUGACAGAAACACAAGCUUUCGACUUCCAUCCCUUCGCAAUGCAGAUGACAGGUCUCGUGGUCUGCCCAAACUGAAAGAGUCUCGUUCACAUGAGUCCCUGCUGAGCCCCUGCAGUGCUGUGGAAUGUCUGGAUCUUGGUAGAGGGGAACCAGUGUCAGUGAAACCACUCCAUAGUAGCAUCCUUGGACAGGACUUCUGCUUUGAGGUCACCUACUUAAGUGGGAGUAAAUGCUUUAGCUGUAACUCUGCCUCAGAGAGAGACAAGUGGAUGGAGAACCUUCGAAGGACAGUUCAGCCAAGCAAGGACAAUUGUCGGCGAGCGGAAAAUGUCCUCCGUUUAUGGAUCAUUGAAGCCAAGGACCUUGCCCCUAAAAAAAAAUAUUUCUGCGAACUGUGCCUUGAUGAUACCCUCUUUGCUCGUACAACCAGCAAGACCAAAGCAGACAAUAUUUUUUGGGGUGAACAUUUUGAAUUCUAUAGCCUUCCACCUCUUCAUAGCAUCACAGUUCACAUUUAUAAGGAUGUGGAAAAAAAGAAAAAAAAGGACAAGAAUAAUUAUGUAGGGCUAGUCAACAUCCCCACUGCCAGUGUGACUGGUCGCCAGUUUGUAGAAAAGUGGUACCCAGUGAGUACACCCACACCCAACAAAGGAAAGACAGGAGGACCUUCUAUUCGGAUUAAGUCACGUUUCCAAACUAUCACCAUUCUGCCUAUGGAGCAAUACAAAGAAUUUGCAGAAUUCAUCACCAGCAACUACACCAUGCUGUGUUCUGUUCUUGAGCCAGUAAUUAGUGUGAGGAAUAAAGAGGAGUUGGCUUGUGCCUUAGUACACAUUCUUCAGAGUACUGGCAGAGCCAAGGAUUUUCUGACUGACUUGGUGAUGUCUGAGGUAGAUCGUUGUGGAGAGCAUGAUGUCUUGAUCUUCAGAGAAAACACCAUUGCCACUAAAUCCAUUGAGGAAUACCUCAAGUUGGUGGGACAACAGUACCUCCAUGAUGCACUGGGGGAGUUCAUCAAAGCCUUGUAUGAAUCGGAUGAGAACUGUGAAGUGGAUCCCAGCAAGUGUUCUUCUAGUGAACUGAUAGACCACCAGAGCAACCUGAAAAUGUGCUGUGAGUUGGCUUUCUGCAAGAUCAUCAACUCAUACUGUGUCUUCCCUCGUGAGUUGAAAGAAGUGUUUGCAUCAUGGAAGCAGCAGUGCCUGAACCGAGGCAAGCAAGACAUCAGUGAGCGGCUCAUCAGUGCCUCACUGUUUCUCCGCUUCCUUUGCCCAGCCAUCAUGUCUCCCAGUCUUUUCAGCCUGAUGCAGGAGUAUCCUGAUGACCGCACAUCUCGGACUCUAACUCUUAUUGCCAAGGUCAUUCAGAACCUGGCCAACUUUGCCAAGUUUGGUAACAAAGAGGAAUACAUGGCAUUCAUGAAUGAUUUUUUAGAACAUGAAUGGGGUGGAAUGAAGCGGUUCCUUUUGGAGAUCUCUAAUCCAGACACCAUCUCAAACACUCCAGGCUUUGAUGGUUACAUUGAUCUGGGCAGAGAGCUGUCAGUUUUGCAUUCCUUACUGUGGGAAGUAGUUUCCCAACUUGAUAAGGGUGAAAAUUCCUUCCUACAGGCAACUGUGGCAAAAUUGGGGCCUCUCCCUCGUGUACUUGCUGAUAUCACCAAGUCCCUGACUAAUCCUACACCAAUACAACAACAGCUGAGACGCUUUGCUGAGCAUAGCUCCAGUCCAAAUGUCAGUGGAAGCCUCUCCUCUGGGCUGCAGAAAAUAUUUGAAGACCCCACUGACAGUGAUUUGCAUAAACUGAAAUCUCCAAGCCAGGAGAACACAGACAGCUAUUUCAGAGGGAAAACGCUAUUGUUGGUUCAGCAAGCCUCCUCCCAGAGCAUGACUUACUCUGAAAAGGAUGAAAAGGAAAGCAGCCUUCCUAACGGUCGGAGCAUCUCCCUCAUGGACCUCCAGGACACUCAUGCUGCUCAGGUGGAGCAUGCAUCUGUCAUGCUUGAUGUGCCUAUGCGCCUUGCAGGGAGCCAGCUGUCUAUAACCCAGGUGGCUAGCAUCAAACAACUUCGGGAAACCCAGAGCACUCCCCAGAGUGCACCUCAAGUGAGAAGACCCCUGCACCCAGCCUUGAACCAGCCAGGAAGUCUCCAGCCCUUGUCAUUCCAGAACCCUGUCUAUCACCUCAACAACCCAGUUCCAGCAAUGCCAAAGGCCUCUGUAGAUUCUAGUUUGGAGAACCUAAGCACUGCCAGUUCUAGAAGCCAAAGCAAUAGUGAAGACUUCAAACUCAGUGGACCCAGCAAUAGCAGCAUGGAAGAUUUCACCAAAAGAAGCACGCACAGUGAAGACUUCUCUAGGCGGCACACUGUACCAGACAGACACAUACCUCUUGCUCUGCCACGACAAAACAGUACUGGGCAGUCCCAAAUCCGAAAAAUGGACCAGGCUGGGUUAGGUGCCCGAGCCAAAGCACCCCCAUCCCUGCCACACAGUGCUUCCUUACGCAGCACAGGGAGCAUGUCAGUGGCGUCUGCAGCCCUAGUGGCUGAACCUGUGCAGAAUGGGAGCCGAUCCAGACAGCAGUCCUCUUCCUCCAGAGAGAGCCCUGUUCCCAAAGUGAGAGCAAUCCAGAGACAACAGACACAGCAGGUUCAGUCACCUGUGGAUUCUGCCACAAUGUCUCCAGUAGAAAGGACAGCAGCUUGGGUUCUGAACAAUGGGCAGUAUGAAGAGGAUGUGGAAGAAACUGAACAAAAUCAAGAUGAAGCCAAGCAUGCUGAGAAGUAUGAACAGGAAAUCAGCAAACUGAAGGAGCGCCUACGAGUGUCCAGCCGGCGGCUGGAGGAGUACGAGCGCCGGCUUCUGGUGCAGGAGCAGCAGAUGCAGAAGCUGCUGCUGGAGUACAAGGCCCGGCUGGAGGACAGUGAGGAGCGGCUGCGCAGACAGCAGGAGGAGAAGGACAGCCAGAUGAAAAGCAUCAUCAGCAGGCUAAUGGCUGUGGAAGAGGAAUUAAAAAAGGAUCAUGCUGAGAUGCAAGCAGUUAUUGAUGCAAAGCAGAAAAUAAUUGAUGCACAGGUCAUAAAUGGAAGUGAGAUUAUUCAAACAGGAAAAGCGGAUCGUGUCCCUGGAUUCAGCCAACACAAGACUGAUGAGCGCACUGACUCAAGUGAAGGAGCGGUACAGCAUGCAGGUCCGCAAUGGCAUCUCUCCCACCAACCCCACCAAGCUUUCCAUCACGGAGAAUGGUGAAUUCAAGAACAGCAGCUGCUGAUGGCCUUUGUGAAUACAGACUGUGGGAGGAGACAGAAGGAAGCUGCCCAGCUCUCCUAUCCUGGACCGUUUACCCUCCAGGUUUACAGAAUGUUGCUUCAAAUAGCCGUGUGUUGAGAAACUCUUAAUGAAGAAAGGAACCUUGUCUUUCAGGGCAUAAAGCAAAGACUCCCAAUGUCAAUGCUUUCUCCAGUGUCUCUAUGUACAUAGGGAACUUAGUUCUGGGUCAUGUACAAAAAUAUCACUGUAAUAUACCAAAAGGAAGUUAAUAAUGUAGAUUACCUUUUUAAUUAUUACUAUUUUAUUAUUGUUUUUCUCUCGUUGAAAGCACUGCAGUUUUUAGUGGAGGAAAAGUAGGAGCCGAGUGCGAGUGAGAAAUGAGCCUGCCAGUUCAGUAGGGAGACUCUGGGUACUGGAUAGGAGGAGCACAUGGAGUGCAAUAGGACCUUGUCAGAAUGGUUUUUUCAGGGAUUCAUCUGCCAGUUUAAAAGCCCCACCCUAGUCCCUUACCAUUAGGAAAACACGCAAUACCAAGACCCAUACAAAACAGUAAUUUAUGCCUCUGGUCAACCAGGAUGAUUCUGAUCAGAUGGUUCUUAUCUGAUCAGGAUUUGACAGAACUCUACAUAUCUGUGUCUCUCUACCAUCUUCAUUUUCCUUGGGCACUGCCCUUGCCUCCCGUGCUGGGAAUGGUCAGCACCAGCAGGCUUUACUCUUCACUGAGAGGUUAUUCAAGUGUGCCAUUCAUGAACCAUCUGAAUAAAUACCCUUUCUUCCACACAAAAAGGGCUAAUUACAGCAGAGCAGGAAUCUCUGACUAUUUCCCACUCAGAUUUUCCUUCCUAUUUGUCAGUUGUGUUUCUACUUAAGCUAAAGAUUGUAUCCACCAUACUAGCAAAUCUGUGGGCAGGGCUAUUUCAUCACCACUUCUAACUUCUAAAUUGCUGCUUCUUUCUGUUUAUCCCUUCCCAUAAAAUUUGGGAAGGAAAUCUAAAACUGAAGCAUGUCUUUCUUUUUUAAAUGCUGAUUAAUCUUGGUACAGAGAACCAGAAUGUGAGGAUAGCACAUUCCAGUUGUUAUUCCACACUUGUGGUAGACUCAGCAAGAAUGACCCAGCUUAUCAUUAAUGGCUUUAACACAGGACAGAAAAUCCAUGUUUUUCUCCAGAAUGUGACAUGUCAUCUGGAAUGCAGGCUUAAUUACCAGAGGCUGAGAAAGGUAGCUGCAGGUUAAACAAAUAUUAUAUAUAAAUAUAUAUAUAUAUACAUAUAUUCACACAUAUGUACAUAUAAUGUGCACAUCAAAAAUGUUCAUACCUUCUAUGCUGUCAGAUAUACAGAGAUAAUGUUUAAAAAGAGUCCUGAAUCUCUUUAAGCAAGAUCUACACCAUUUUACGUUGAAAAAAAAAAGAACAGCAUUUCUCAAAUAAGUUAAUGUUUUGUUUUGUUUUUAAGUUAUAUACUUUUUUUAAGUAAAGGAUGCGGAGGAAGACAUAACAGAGCCAUAUGCAUGGAGUAUGUGUUUCUACAUAGUAGAAUAUUUAUAAGAAAACAAGAGAACAUGGGUAGUACCCUCUUUGUUUGAAGCCCAGGCAUCCAUCCCAAGCCCUCCUUUCCACCAAGUCCCAGGCAUGUAUUCCAAGUCUCACUUGCCCCUUAGGUUGACCUUUAUGUCUGACCUUGCAUUUCAGCAACCUCACCAGAGCCCUCAACCAACAACCUUUGGAAAGGGUUUCUUCAUAAUAACCUUUUUUGUAUCAGACAAAUAUCUCACUGUGCUUGGAGCUGCAGGCCUCCAUGGCCACUUGAGUGUUUUCUUGACCCUUAACGGCUAUUUUACCAGGUCUUAUCUCCUCUCCAAGCUGAGGCCACAUUGUAUUAAAAUUACUUCAUAAGAGAAAAGUUAUUUGAUUCUGCAGUAAUGGCCUGUAUUGAGUGAAGAGGGAAUGUAACCAUAGAUCUUUUCUUGUUUGUAGCUUAGCAAUGUUUCCUUCAUUCUUGAAAACCCUUCAGUAGUGCCACAGAGAAGCUAGGCAAUUCUUAGUCUCAGUGGCCUGAAGUAUAUGAUGUGGUAACAUCUUGCUUGAGGUUGAAAAGGUAUUGAGAUGCUGGUUAUAGAUUACAGAGAGUUGGUCAAAUAAGUGUAGUGAUGCAUGCAGUGUAACUGUUAACACUCUGGUAUCUCUGAGUGCCUGUCUGCACUGCAAGAUUGAAUUUCAAAACAUUUGGACAUAGGAUGAGGCCCUCUAGCCAUCGUGUUACCAUGAAUGAAGAGAAAAAAGGAAAUAACAGAAAUAGUAAGAGGAUUAGAGGUCAGAAGUUCAGCAUUAUUCCCAGGUAUUAAAUCUCAGAUUAUUCCUGGAGCCUACUCAUCUUUUUAGCCCAUCAGAAAUACUAUUCUGAGCUGGAGUAUAGCUCAGUUGGCAUAGUGCCCAGCCUAGCAUGCCAGAGACCCUGGGUUCAAAUCCCAGCACCACAUGAACUGGGAUAGUGGCACACAGGCCUGCAGUCUCAGCACUCCAGGGAGGGGAGCAGGAGGAGCAGGAGCUCAAGGUCAUCUGCUGCUGCACAAGUAUCCUGGCCAACCUGAGUUAAGACCCUGUCUCAAAAUGCUUUAAAAAAAAUACUUUUUUAAAUAUU